AUGAUGUCCUUGGGUGGACCACAGAAAUCAAUCAGUACAAUCAGUAACCCGAUCAUUCCAUAUGUUGGGACAAUACUUGGUGGCCUUGUCCCUGGAGAGCUGAUCGUGAUACAUGGGACUGUUCCUGAUGAUGCAGACAGGUUCCAGGUGGAUUUACAGUGUGGCAGCAGCAUAAAGCCUAGAGCUGAUGUGGCAUUUCAUUUCAACCCCCGCUUCAAAAGGUCUGGUUGCAUUGUUUGCAACACACUGGAGAGGGAAAAAUGGGGCUGGGAAGAGAUCACUUAUGAGAUGCCCUUUGAAAAAGGGAAGGCAUUCGACAUUGUCAUCAUGAUUUUAAAGGAUAAAUUCCAGGUGGCUGUAAACAAGAAGCACUUGCUGCUCUACAACCACAGAAUUUGCCUUGAAAGAAUAGAUACUCUUGGAAUAUAUGGCAAAGUGCAGAUAAAAACCAUAGAUUUCAUUUGUAAUUCUUUACAAGGCUCUCAGCCAUCAUCUCUAGAAGUAACAAAGAUAAACACAGAAAAUGGGGAAAUGCCAAAUGGUCCACAAUUCGCUGUUCCGUACGUUCAGAAACUUGACACUGCACUUUGUCCAGGAUGCACAAUUGCCAUUAAAGGAGAAGUGGCUAAAAACCCAAAGAGCUUUGCAAUAAAUCUGAAACCAAGUGACUCAAAGGACAUUGCAUUACAUCUGAAUCCCCGAGUGAAAAAUAAAGUUUUUGUGAGAAACUCCUACCUUCAUGACAGCUGGGGAGAAGAAGAAAAGGAAGUUGCCAACUUCCCUUUCAGUCCAGGGAUGUACUUUGAGAUGAUCAUUUUCUGCGAUGCCUCCCAGUUCAAAGUUGCUGUUAAUGGUGUUCACACUCUGGAGUACAAGCAUCGCUUCAAACAACUUGAAAAGAUCGAUGUAGUGGAAGUCACGGGAGAUGUUCACUUGUUAGAUGUGAGGAGCUGGUAA